AUGCAACUUGUGGAUGACGUUGCGGGAUUCUCGACAAAAAGUCAAAAUACCCCCGACCAGGUUCGCUGUCCUCAAAGCAUGCUUCGUUCAAGAGCUCUACAGACUACUCACGAAAAGUCUGAUCUCACAUCCGUCAUGUGGUUACCACUCAGUUUCGCAUUUCUCCUACCUGCCUUGGCUGCAGCAAUAACAACAAACGACUCGAUUGUGCUUCCAUUUGGUAAUGUUCAAGGAACAAAAUGCAAGCAUUCUGGCGCCAAAGGUUUCUUGGGCAUUCCAUUUGCAAAGCCUCCCGUUGGUGAACUAAGAUUCAUGCCACCAAAACUGGUGACAUUGACAAAUGCGACGUUUUCCAACGGCGUAUUGGAUGCAACAAAGCUCGGAAGCACUUGCAUUCAAUGGAAAAAAGUAUUUGCCUGGGAGGAGCCACCGCCAUCAGAAGAUUGCUUAUAUUUGAAUGUCUACGUGCCACCAAACAGUAGCAGAGGCUCGGCUCUCCCAGUAAAAGUCUUCGCAUGCGGUGGAGGUAACAAUGCUGGAGCCGCCAACUUUCCGCUUUACGAUGUCUGCAGUCUAGCUAGUGACAGCAUUGUCGUGACUUUCAACUACCGACUCGGACCAUUGGGCUUUCUUUCAUUGUCGAAAGCUGGUAUCGGCGGUAACAUGGCAAUUCAGGAUUAUCUUGCAGCGCUGAGAUGGGUCAAUGAGGACAUUUCGUAUUUUGGCGGUGACCCAACAAAGGUAUUGCUAUUUGGACAGAGCGCCGGCGCUGCUGAUACAUUUGUUGUAACAACCCUUCCAGAAGUGAAAGAUUUGAUCAAGGGGGCAGCGAUGGAAUCUGGCGGCGGCCAGGACUUGACGCCUUCUGAUAUAGCGCAACAGGUCGGAGAGAGUUAUGCUAGCGCGCUCAAUUGCGAGGCGAAUAACUUGAAAUGCCUGCAAUCUAAAAGUUUAAAGGAGUUGCUUGCCGCCCGAAGGAAAACUCCGGCCCUGACCAAGAAUGGCAGGUCUUUGGGCUCCGAGUUUGGUCUUAAUAUGCCACAAAGGAGUAAUCUUAACUCGGCAGUUUUAGAUGGGAAGAUAGUAAAGGAUGAGCCUUUGAAAGUGGGAUCACGAGUGCCCAUCAUCACGGGCUUCAAUCAGUACGACAGCUCGCUUUUCGUUAUACCUCUCUUUAGUAACUCUGGAUCCAUCACUGAAAAGAACUAUACGGACUUCCUGGCUCAAUGGGGUGAUAAUGGUCCUCUGAUCGGGAAACAAUACCCUCUCUCAAGGUUUCAGCAACGAGGCAACCCAACUGGUAGCGCAGUCAUUGAUGCCGUCACCCACAUCGCCACUGUCGCUGGCUUCAUGUGUCCGAUUUCUAGAAAUCUGCGAGCCACCACGGCAGCUGGGACUCCUUCUUUUGCUUAUCGAUUCAAUCACACACCGUCGUGUCCGUGGUUAUGGGUGAAGGGCAGAGAAUUCCCGCAUGCAAAGCAUUUGUCUCUGUUCAAAUCAGCCCACACAUCAGAACUCCCUUUCGUCUUUGGUGGUCUUUGGAACGAGCCCUGGGGCAAUGGAUCAUGUAACGCAACUGAGAACGAGCGACAGAUCAGUCGGGGUUUAGUGUCUGCGUGGACUGCCAUGGCGAGUAAUGGAAAUCCGAGCACGAAAGAUUAUCAGUGGCCGCAAUUCUCCGUCAAUAAUACAAAGGGCCUAAAUAUUGAACAGGAUAAGAUGGUAAUUGGGGACAUAGAUUUUACCGAAUGCGAUUUUUGGGAUGGCAUAUGGGCGAAGCUGGGCGGUGUUAACUUCACGAGCAAUGCGUUUGGCAGUACGAACAACAGUAAUUCAAGCGCCAAGGAAUCUUCAGCUCCAGCCAGGUAUAAACAUUGGCAUCGUGGCUCUAUGACAGCCAUGGCCGCGGCAAUAAUCGGGGCUAGCACAGCAGUCUGGAGCUGA